UACAAAAUAUUACAAUCUUAAGUACAUAUAAACCGGUAUUACCGUAGGCAGCUGAGCGAUAGCGUAGCCUUUUGUUUUUGUAUUUAUUUAUUUUUUUUUGCAUUUCCAUUAUUUCCAAAUAGUGCAUAGUAUGGAGCAGUUUACACACAUCCGUUUUGUUUGGACCUAGUGGAAUACAUAUCUAUUAAGUAGUAAUUGUUUACUUGUUUUAUUCGCAGAAUGAGUGAAGAAGGUAAUACUAAAAACAUGAACACUGAAACAAACAUUUCGGUCGUUGUCUCACAAGAUGUGAAGAUGUAUUACGCUGGUAAUAGUACACCUAUUGAAACCAGGACGAAUAUCACCACCCCUCAAGAACCUGAAAAUAUGGUGCUCUAUGAAAUUGCGGACGAUCCCGGCGAAGAGAGCGAUGUUCUAGACACCUCCGACCCCAGAGACAGCACCGCAAGCCCCGAGGAGUUGAACGACGACGACGCUUGUUUUGGUGACGAGACUGUGACCAAGCCUUGCACUUAUGAGGGCUGCACAGAGACCACUACUCAAGUGGCCAAACAGAGAAAACCUUGGAUGUGCAAGAAACACAGAAAUAAAAUGUACAAGGACAAGUACAAGAAAAAGAAGAACGAGCAGGCUGUAACCAGUACAAGCAAACUAGAUUGUGAAAGCCACAGUGAAGGAGUUGUCUUCUCCUUUGAACAGGAUAGUGCAGAUGAGAGGCCUGUUUCAGUUACUAAGCAACACCUUGGCACUAUAGGAGACCGCCCAGCAAGGCCGUCGCUAUUGGAGCAAGUAUUAAACCAAAAAAGACUGUCAUUACUACGAAGCCCAGAGGUUGUGAGUUUCUUGAAGCAGCAACAGUGGUUACUAACUAACCAGGCACAAGGCCAGAGACAACAAGAGUUUUAAGAAGUACAGCUGGGACUGACAAGAGCUGUUAUACAUGAACAAGAACCACGUCUGAAUCAUCUACGUAUGUUGUUCUUUGCAAACAUACCUUGAAGAUGAUGUUAAAAAUAUUGGACUUCUAACAGAGUUUCUUCCAUCGAUGAACUGCAGUCUUAUUGCUGAUUUACCCAAACGCCAAACAGUUGUCAAAGUGCUUAACAAAAUUAGAAUUUUACAUAAUUCAAGAAGGGAAGCUUGAGACACUUAAGAUAGCUGUGCCUAUCAAUUUACCAAGAAGGUACCAAUGUUAACACAUGGAUUACAAUAUAACCUCAGCAAUCUAAUUUUAACUUUAAAGUAAAUUACCAAAAAAGAUGCUAUGUUCAAGGCUAAUACUGAAGUUGUACUGAAGUGGUUAUAAUGUCAGACAAAAUUGUAAAGAUGGAGAGAUGUGUUGGCUUAAACAUUUUACUGUUGCCUGUCCUGUUCUAGGGGCUAUUAAGGCUGUCAUCUAACAUCUAUAAUAUGCUGAAAACCUUUUAUCUAUAUCCAUUGUUUACAGUAUAACUGUAUGGAUUCUAAAGAACAAGUAAAAGGCUCGCACGUUUCUUUUUUCAUUUUUAAGUUGCCUAUAUGAUACCUAGUAUAGCAACACUCAUAUAGUAAUUUAGAUGCUGUGUUACAAUUUAGGUUGUUAGGUUGUUCAUUUUUUUCAUAGGAAUUUCCUUUUUUUAAUGCAAUUUGCAAUCUAUCAACACUCAAGAUCCUUGAGAAUGUAUAAAGACCUUAAACUUGUUUAGUGAGUUUUUAAAAGGCAUGAAAAAAUGAUGUUGUACAUUGCUUAAUUGGCCUUGUACUAAAGAAUAUAAUGAAUGGUUCCUGAAUCUAAGCAUGAAUCUGCAGUUUUAAUUCUUAUUUAUUAUUAAGCAAAUUGGUUUUAUUCAAGAAAUUCAUAUUGGUGCAACAGAGAACAAUACAUUUUCUUUUUCAAACUUA